AUGCCCCCUCCCCCUCCCCCAGGCCAGGGGACUACAUGUCCCUUAGUGCCCCCUCCCCCUCCUCCACCCCCUCUCCCAAGUCAGGGGGCCAUGUGUCCCCCAGUGCCCCCUCCCCCAUCCCCCCUCCCGGCUGCUCCCUCCACCCCCGUUUCUAAUUGCCUGGUACUGGCUGUGCCCCCAACCCCACCUUUUUCGUUUGGUUCAGCUGUUGUGGCCCAACCUCAAACCCACUGCCUGUAACAGCAGGGGGCCCCCGCCCCCGCCCCCGCUGCUCCCCCUGGAGCAGAUGGGGUGGAGGAGGUCAUCGUGUCCCAGGUGGACCACGGCCUGGGCUCCGCCUGGGUCCCCAGCCACCGGCGCGUGAACUCACCCACGCUGCACAUGAAGAAGCUGAACUGGAAGAAGCUGCUGUCCAGCGUGGCCCGAGAGCGCAACUCCAAGUGGGCGGCCCUGAGCGGCGGGCAGCGCGGCCCUGGAGCCCUGGAGCCCGACUUCGGCAGCCUCGAGCGGCUCUUCUCCUUCUCUGUGGACAAGCCCAAGGAGCCAGCAGCCGCCCGCAGGAAGGAGCCCAAGGAGGUCACUUUUCUGUACUCCAGGAAGAGCCUGAACCUCAGCAUCUUCCUGAAGCAGUUUAAGUGCUCCAACGAGAAGGUGGUGGCCAUGCUCCGUGCGGGAGACACCAGCAGGUUUGACACGGAAGUGCUCAGACAGCUCCUGAAGCUGCUCCCGGCGAAACGCGAGAUUGAGAACCUGCGGGCCUUCGCUGACGACUGAGCCAGGCCGGCCGGCGCGGACCAGUUCUACCUGCUGCUGCUGGACGUCCCCUGCUGCCAGCUGCGGGUGGUGUGCAUGCUGCUGGGUGAGGGCACAGCCUUCGUGCUGGACAUGGUGCGGCCCAAGGCCCAGCUGGUGCUGCACGCCUGCGAGAGCCUGCUCGCCAGCCCCCAGCUGCCCGUCUUCCGCAGGCUGAUCCUCAAGAUCGGGGACUUCCUCAACUAGGGCAGCCACAUGCGGGACGCGGACGGCUUCAAGAUCAGCACGCUGCCGAAGCUCACGGAGACCACGUCCCUGCUGGGCCGCGUCACGCUGCUGCCGCACGUGCUGGAGGAAGUGGAAAAGACCCAGCAGGAGGUCCGGCUGGGUCUCCAGGUUGAGCCCCGCGGCCUGGGAGGGCAGCUCCAGGUCCCACAGCAGCUGCAGGAGGUCCGGCUGGGUCUUUUCCACUUCCUGGCCGGCGAGGACGCCCCGAGCACCCUGCCCUCCAUGGGGGCCUGGCCAGUGACUCUGGGGGACGACCAGGCUCUCAAGCUGCUCGAGUUCUCCUGCAAGAAGCCCCCUGGAGCCGAGAGUCCCAGGCGGGAGCAGGAGGACCCUGCAGGCUUGGGUGUCGUCCACCGGGUGGAGGCCGACAGCACGGCCGAGGGGCCCGAGGACCCAGCUGCUCACGGCCAUGGCUCCAGCCGCCCCGGGGACGAGGAGGACACGGCCCCGGAGUCCGCGCUGGACACGUCCCUGGACAAGUCCUUCUCUGACUCCUCGGGGUCCGGCACCCUGCCCCGGGCACGGGGCCGAGCUGCCAAGGACUCGGGCAGGCGGAGGAAGCAGCGGCCCUGCAGGGGCCAGGAAGGACCCAGGCCCAAGCCCAGAGCCAAGUGA